AUGAACAAUAAACUUGCUGAUUUAAUUAGUAACUAUCUCAACGAAUAGAAACAUUUAACAGAUAAAUAUACUAAACUAUUCAAUCAAAUCAAACAAGCUGAUAACUAUUAUGGUCGUAAUUCAAAUUCUAUUCUAAAUCUUAAGAAAAGAUCUUCCAAUUCAGAUUACAGUUAUAGUUCUAAUAAAGAAAAGAUCCAUUGUUAAUUUUGUGGAAAACAAUAUACAAGCAGAUUACCAUUAAAGAACCACAUCGAAAAGUUCCAUAAUCAAGAAAAUUAUCCUUCCAGACAAGAACUAUCUACUAAAUAAAUCACUCCUUAUGAUGAUAAUGAUAAUUAUGAAAAUGAUGAAAAUAGUUAUAAUGAAGCAGAUGAAGAAUUAAGAUAAAAACUAUUAAGGAAUGUUUAAGCUAUUUAAAUGAGAGAAUGUUAGACUACUACUCAUUAAGAAGAUGUUAUCAUCAGUGGCAUAGAUUCAGAUUCAUAGAAUUGA